UUUUGGAGGAUUGCUCCUCCCAAAGUACCGUCGCCUAUCGCGGAAGGUAGAAUCUCAACAUACGGCGAUCGAGUGACAGCAAGCAACUAGCAAGCGAGUGAGCCAUGGCAUCUGCAAUCCUCAGGCGAACUAACUCCUAUGCUGUAAGGUCUAUGGUUGAUGCUCUCCGAAUCGGAGGUUCAUCGAGGUCCUAUGCAAAGCUUACAGUGGGCACCGACAUAGUCUCUGCUGCACCGGAUGUUUCUCUCCAGAAAGCCCGGAGCUGGGAUGAAGGUGUCUCCUCAAAGUUCUCCACUACUGCUCUAAAAGACAUUUUCAAGGGCAAGAAAGUUGUGAUUUUUGGCCUCCCCGGUGCAUACACGGGGGUUUGUUCGCAACAGCAUGUGCCAAGUUACAAAAACAACAUUGAUAAGUUCAAGGCUAAAGGGAUUGAUUCAGUGAUUUGUGUGUCUGUUAAUGAUCCAUACGUCAUGAAUGGUUGGGCUGAGAAACUUCAGGCUAAAGAUGCUAUUGAAUUUUAUGGGGACUUUGAUGGGAGCUUUCACAAAAGCUUGGAGCUAGAUAAAGAUCUUUCUGUUGCUUUGCUUGGACGUCGCUCUCAAAGAUGGUCAGCAUAUGUGGAAGAUGGAAAGAUCAAGGUUCUUAAUGUGGAGGAAGUUCCAUCAGACUUCAAGGUUUCUGGUGGCGAGGUUAUUCUGGGACAGAUAUAAGCUUCUAUGGUCACAUGAGGAAUACCUAAAUAUAAUCCCUGUUGAAUGUGAGACCACAUCUAAUAUGAAUUCCCGAAGUUGCUGAUGUCUAUGUCAUCUAUGUUGCAUUUUAUACAAUUUUACUUAAAGGAAAUAAAUUAGCUUUACCUAUUUGGAAAUAACUUGAAAUAUUUUAGUGCAUAUUUGCUGGAUCA